AAACUCUUCCUUCCUUCCUUCGCUUUCUUCUUCUGCAAGAUUUUCAUUACUUCACACGAUCGCACCUCCUCAGCCCCUCCAUAGCCACUCUUCUAAGCUUUCUCUCUCUCUUGACCACCAACAUUAUACUCGUUCUGCUUUCUCUCUCUAGAAUCUUGACCAAUGUCAAUGGGGGAAGACACUAGACCGGUGAACCCCGUCCGUUCAAAGCCGAAAGCUUCUCCGACGAUCGGUUCGUCCUUGGUGCCGAUCAUCAACAAGCUCCAGGAAAUUAUUGCUCCGGUCGGGAGUGAUUUGUUGGAUAUUUCUCUGCCUCUGGUGGCGGUUGUGGGUAGCCAGAGCAGCGGUAAGUCCAGCGUGCUGGAGGCGCUCGUCGGUCGCGAUUUUCUUCCUCGCGGCUGCGAUAUCUGUACUCGGAGACCGCUUCUGCUGGUGCUUGAGAAUCGGCCGGUGAGUCCCGGCGAUGAUGGAGCAGAGUGGGGCGAGUUUCGUCACUUGCCUGGAAAGCGCUUCUACGAUUUCUCUAAGAUUCGCCGCGAAAUUCAGGCUGAGACUGAUAGAGGAGCAGGGUUGAACAAAGGGGUUUCAGAUAAACAAAUUUUUUUGAAGAUUUUCUCUCCGAAUGUACUUAAUAUGAUGCUUGUUGAUUUACCUGGCAUCACUAAAGUUCCUGUUGGAGAUCAACCCAAUGAUAUAGAGGCAAGGGUUAGGAAAAUGAUAAUGGCCCAAAUUAGGCAAGAAAAGUGUAUUAUACUGGCUGUUAGUCCUGCAAAUUCUGAUCUGGCUACCUCGGAUGCACUUCAAAUGGCUAGAGAAGCUGAUCCAACUGGUUCUCGAACAAUUGGUGUAAUUACAAAGCUUGAUAUAAUGGAUCGAGGAACUGAUGCCCGCAACUUUUUGCUUGGGAAAGUUGUUCCACUUCGCCUUGGUUAUAUUGGCGUUAUUAAUCGGAGCCAAGAGGACAUUAAUAAAAACCGUAGCAUUGCUGAUGCACUUUCUCAUGAAGAGAAAUUCUUCCGUGAUCAUCCUGUAUAUAGUGGUCUGUCUGGUUGUUGUGGCAUUCCUCAGCUAUCAAGGAAGCUGAAUCAGAUUUUGGAACAACAUAUUAGAAUGGCUCUCCCAAGUUUGAAGUCUGAGCUGAACUCAGAAAUGAAUGCUAUUGUUAAAGAACUUCAGACAUACGGAAAUGUUGUAGAGGCUAAUGUGGAAAAAGGAGUAGUUUUGUUGAACAUUUUGUCAAAAUAUUGUGAAGAUUUUUAUGCUAUGGUGGAUGGAAGUAGUCAGGAAAUAUCAACUAAAGAAUUGUCAGGUGGAGCCAGGAUCCAUUAUAUAUUUCAAUCAAUUUUUGUAAAGAGCUUGGAGGAAGUCGAUCCUUGUGAGGGUCUAAAUGAUGAUGAUAUUCGGAUAGCUAUUCAAAAUGCUGCUGGUGCUAGAAAUGCAUUAAUCGUUCCAGAGGUCCCAUUUAGAGUUUUGGUUAGAAGGCAGAUUGCUCAGUUGUUGGACCCUAGUCUUCAGUGUGUCCGUUAUGUUUAUGAUGAACUGAUGAAGAUUAGUCGUGCUUGUGAAGUAACUGACUUGCAAAGGUUUCCAAAAUUGAGAAGGCGCAUGGAUGAAAUUGUGGUAAAGUUUUUACGUGAAGGUGUAAAGCCUGCUGAGAGAAUGAUAGGACAUCUUAUAGAGAUGGAGAUGGAUUAUAUAAAUUCUUCGCAUCCAAAUUUCCUAGGUGGCAGCAAAGCUGUUGAGCUUGCUUUGGAGCAAUUGAGAUCACAACAGGGCAUUGCAGAUGUUGAAAAGCCAAUAGAGAAAAGCCAGAAUUCUCGAGCUGUUAUUCCUAGGUCUCUUAUGAAUGGAGCUUUACUAACCCAGGGAAGUCGGUCUUCAGUGAACAAUGAGAAACCUACAUCAUCUGGAGUAAACACAUCAACAAGGACUUGGGGUAUUUCAUCUAUAUUUGGGACCAGGGGAUCGUCUGGAGGGAAUCCAUCUAACAGCAGAACCUUAGGCGAGCCUGAUGAUUCUGAUCAGAUGCCAUCUACAAUCCAAUUGAUAGAGCCCCCAUCCAUGUUAAGGCCACUUGAAGCCACAGAGAAUGAAACAGUCGAAAUUUUCGUAACCAAAUUACUCAUCCGAUCAUACUAUGACAUUGUCAGAAAGAAUAUUCAAGAUCUAGUGCCAAAAGCUAUAAUGCAUUUUCUGGUGAACCACUCAAAACGGAAACUUCAGAGCACCUUUAUACAAAAACUUUACAGAGAGGAUCUCUUUGAAGAGCUAUUGCUGGAGGAGGACGACGUUGUUUUGAAAAGGAAACGCAAUCAAGAGUUGUUUCAGGUUUUACAAGAAGCCAUCGAGAUGCUCGAGGAAGUUGAAUCUGAUGUCGCAACUGGAAGGUCACAUUUAAGCUUUUGCACCGAUGCAAGUGCAGCUGUCGAUUCAUCAAGCGUUCCAGGGAUUACAUAUCAGUUACGUUCAACUACCAAAAGGUGAUAAUUGUUUUACAUAUCAUAUGCCUUACAAACUCAGAGCUUGAGGAUUAUUUAUCUUGUCGAAUCUUCAUUAACUUUUUUAAUUACGUGACUGUACAGUCAAUGUUUUUGUAAUUAAAA